UCGCAGGAACGGAGGUGGAACUUCCGGGGGAUGGAAAGUUGUCAACAGUUUGGCAAGAGGAGAAGUAAUCUGUAAAUCUGUGUUCAUUACUGUCGCUUUAAAUAAAAAAGCGUCCAGCCAGAAACACCGCCGCGAGAGAAGCGAAGCGACCGUAGCCACGGAUCCGCUGUGCUUUAUCUGAUGCGAACUGAUGGAGAAUAAACUCACUUCUCGGGUGUGGAUGAUCAAUCUCAAAUCGGUGUGCUGGAAUCUAAAGGGGGUUUAAUGUCUGUUUUCAGUUUAAGGGAAUGUUCUCUCUCCCCAGGGGUUCGAGGUGUGGACGCAACAUGUGAACGGAGUCUUUAGUGUGUUAAAGUUCACAAAAAUGGCAUUACAGACUGAACUUUGGGUUUAAUUCGCAUUUUGUGGAGUGUUAGGGGCGGACUCAGGCUCAACCCAGAUCCAGAAUCUGUUCUGCACAGUUUUCCCUGCUUGUGUUGGUUCUUUGAGAUUGAACUGCUAUGAUUCCUGUCAUCUGCUGACCUGGUGAGGUUGAAUUUGCUGUUCUGCUCUUAAAGUUGUCGAGAUUCACAUCACCAUUUGGGUUUUUAACGUAUAGCUCUCUGCUUCAGAGGCUAAAGGAACGUUGACAGAAACAGAACUUCUUGUUUUUGUAGUUACCAAACUUGUCCUGCAGCCCUGAAAUGAUGUCCUGACACGUUCAGGCCUUGAGCUGCAGCAAGAACUCAUGUAAAUGCCCUAAUUAUGGUGUUUUUUUCUUAACAUCUCUUGGAUUGGCUGUUUGAUCUUGAAAGAAUCAGAUCUGUGCAUGCAUGGCGAUCGUGAGUCUCUGUAUUGUGUCCUGAGCUGUGAACACACAUACUGCACGACUGCCAGAGGAAACAGCCAUCAGAGCCGAGCCUUGCGCAACCGCUGGGCAGAGAACUGCUCUUAUUACUGUACUGGCUGCAGUUACACUCGAAACAGCCGCAGGGAGGAGGAGGACACAGCCAAGUGCAAUGGAAUAAAUUUGUGUAAGUUUUAGAUUUUUACAGAUUUUUACAUGCAAGUUCACCUGAGGACAAAGAAUAUGAUUGAUCUAAUCCAGAUUGACGCGAGAGAUUGAGCGGAAGACGACCAGUCUCGCUUUCAAAUGCUUAGGAUAUUAGUUUCUUAAAGCUUUUUGCUGUUUGGUUUCUACUGCAAAAUAAUGAACAAAGAUCGAGUUUGGAGCACCCAGGGAUAAACUCAUACCGCUCAGACACACUCGGUCCAGAAUGAGUGGCGGAAAGAAACGAAGUGGUUUUCAAAUCACCAGCGUCACGUCGGACUACAAUCAGGGUUCUGGAGAACACCAUUCGGAGGAGCUGGGAACGCAAAGAGCCACGCCCCCUUCCGUCAGAAACCCCGCCCAUGGGAGGAGCACCAGAAGCCAGACUGCAUCACCCACUCAAAUCCUAUCCAAUGGGCUGUCCCUGCGCCAAAACCCCGCCCUCCAGAUGCUACAGAGCUCCAGUCACCCGAACACGCCCGUCAUGGCUAGGAAGCAGAAUUCACUGGACGCCACGGGGGCGUCACGUUUCCGCGUCGUGCGUUUGGAUCAAGGACCGGGCGAGCCGUAUAAACGCGGCCGUUGGACAUGUGUCGAUGUGAUGGAGAGGGAAACUGAGGAGCGGGGUCUCCGCCACGUGAUUGACAGCAUGAGACACGCCCACUCUUUGGAGUCUUUAGAGAUGGUCGGGCUGGGCGGAGCCGAAGGAGCGGUAGGCGGAGCCAGACUUAAACCGUUGGCUGUGCACUUAGGUCACUUGGUACACUCACAGGGCACCACCCACCUACUGACAGACUCCGCCCACAUUGGUCCGCUCUCACCCACACACGACCAGUGUGACUCACAGCCAAUCAUUUCGCCGAACACGCCCCGGACACGCAACAUACCCGCCCCGCUGCGGCUCGACAUGGAUGCCGUUGGAAAGCUUCGGACCACACGCUCACAGCCGGUGUCUCCCAGAGCGCACCUGGGUCGGGAAAGUGCCUUCCAUCCCGCUCUGACGCCCAUCCAGACGCCGUCCGCCCUCGCGCUGGCACAGUCCAUGUUCGGAAUGGGACAAGCGUUUGAGUUCAUGGGAGACGACGGGACUCUCAAACGAUUCGUUCGAAGAUUCAUCUUUCCAAACCCCUCCUUUGCAUGAUGCUACUCUGCUCUGAUUGGUCCGAUGACCCAGACUGUUGUGAUUGGUCAACUGCGUCCUAUUAUAAUAAUAAUGGUGCUCCAUUCUGUUCUAAAACUAAAGAAUCAGAGAGGAAAAAGUUGUUUUACACUUAUGUUAGCGAACCUAUGGAAGCCCGUUCCUGCCACUAAAUAAAAAAAAAUUAGGUAAUUGCGAAAAAAAAAAAUCUUCACAGAAUUGUGUGAUAAACAUGCAAUUCUGACUUUUAUUAAUUGGGAGUUCUAAAGUCAAAGAAAAAAAUCUGAAUUGCAAGACAUGAACUCACAUUUGCGAGAAAAAAAAACUCACAAUUGCGACUUUCAGAUAUUUCAGAAUUACCAUGUUUUUUAUUUAUUUCGUAGCGGAAACGGGUUUCCAUACAAACCGGACCCACAGCUUGGUAGUAAAGACCCAAACAAUGAUUCAGUUCAAUUCAAUUUUAUUUGUAUAGCGCAUUUUACGAUAAAAAAUCGUUGUAAAGCAACUCUACGACUUAACAGAAAAUUACGUUUCUACAAUAUGUAGUAGUAGCUUGUAAGUGAUGACUGUCAGUUUAUGUGCAUAUGAUAGAAAUGUACGGAAAAAUCAUUUAAAGACGUAAUCAAACAGAUGAUAAACACUAUUAACAGCAAUUAUUAUGAUGCAAUCACACUUAUAGCUAAUUGUUUUAGUUCUGUAUGUUGUUUGAGGGUUAGCAUCAUCUGAGGGGUUAUAGAUUAUAUUAAUAGUGAAUGUGUUUUGUUCUUAUUGUUCUGCUGUGCGUCAACUGAUGUUACCUGUUCCUGAUUUGGGGUUUAAAGUUCCGGUUUCUCAGACGUUAGUUUGACUCUCUGUCUCACACAUCAGCUAGUUGUUACUCGUCUAUAUUUAGGGGUGAGUCGAGUGCACUUGUAUUUUUAGAGAGUUGAGUGGUUGGAAAGGUGAUGCUCUCGGUUUCUCGAGGCCCUGACGAGCGUUCUCACACCGCAGUGCUUACUGUCACAGAGCGGGAGGAAAUACCUCAAUCUCACACACACACACACACACACACACACAUACACACACACACACACAGCGCUGUCCUGAAACACACAACACGAGCUCAUCAAGGCAGACGCAGAUAUUUUCUGAGUGUGUGUGUAUCUUGCAGUGUGUUGGUCAGACGGCUGGAGUGUGUACUUGUGUAAAGCAUGUUUCUGGGCUUCGUGUUUAUUUUCCCCUUCGUUCUGUCGCUCUCUCUCAGCUUAAAGCUGCAUUAGUGCAGGAAUAGAGGCACCUUUCAUGAAGGAGGAAAGUUAGAAAGAAAGUGGAACUGCAGAGAAAAGUGUGUUUCUAACUGUUGUGUCAUGAUGAUGUGCUUUCAUGAAUCACUGAUCAGAUGGCUGAUCUCACACACACACACACACAUACACAAACUCACACAUACAAUCUCACGCAAAUGCACACAAACUCACGCAAACACACACACACACAAACACACACAUAAACACAAACUCAUGCACACACACACACAAACUCACGCAAACACACACACACAAACAAACACAGUCACUCACACACACACACACACACACACGUACAUACAAACUCACGCACACACACACAGACACACACACACACAAACUCACAUAGACACACAGACACAAUCACACACACACACACACACUUUCUGUUGUUUCUUUCUGAGGUGAAAUGAGAGACUCUGGAGCAGAUCAUGGCAUGAGGAUCUGUGGUGUGUGUGUGUGUGUGUGUGUGUGUGUGUGUGUGUGUGUGUGUGUGUGUGUGUGUGUGCUGAUAUCUGAUUCUACAGUCAAUAUUGACUGUAUUUCCCGUGCUCCGGUUCAUGUACAGUGCACACGGUGUUCAUAUGCAGCGUCAGUUCAUCUGUUGCACACCAGAAAUCAGAAGUGUUGUCCAAGGCUU